CAAGACUACCUGAUGCUGUGCGCCGUGGACGAGGCGGAGGAGAUGGUGGACGGCGGCAAGAAGGACGCGAUCGACGACCUGAAGGAAGGGGAGCUGGAGGCGUUCGUCAGCUCCCUGGGGCUCCGGAAGUAUGCGCAAAGUUGCCUGGUGGUGGAGGGGGAGGAGGAGGGCGGCGGCGGCAGCGAGGGGAAAGAGAAGCCCCCAAAGAAAGAGAAAAGCAAGAAAGAAACUAGUGCUCCUUCGUUGGAAGGGAAAAAAGAAAAAAAAGUCAAGGAAAAGGCAAGUGGUGUGAAAGACAGCAAGAAAAAGCAAGCUGGCAGUGAUCAGGACCAGCACAUUUCAGCAAAGAAAGAAAGGGUGGAAGAAAAUUUUGAAUUUCGUGCUAGGCAAGUAAUACUGAUCAAGCCAGGGGGCAAAUGGUAUGAACUAGAAUACACCGACGAAUUCUCUUCAGAGCCCCAAAAUCAGAUGCUUCUGUCCAAGUAUAAGGCCUUGGCGCAAAAGCUGUACCAACAUGAGACUGAGCUGUAUAAGAAUAAGACAGAUUACCAGAAGGGGGCCUCUUCGGCGUGGAUGAAAACUGUUGUGUCGUCUGGUACCUUGGCAGACAGGAUGGCAGCAAUGACCCUUCUCAUUCAGGACAGUGCUGUCCACAGUCUCCAGUUUGUUGAGAACUUGGUAAACCUCGUAAAAAAAAAAGGCAGCAGACAUCAGAGCCUAAUGGCUUUGGAUACUUUCAAGGAGCUUCUCAUUUCAGAUCUCUUACCAGAGAAUCGAAAAUUACGGUCUUUCUCGCAGCGCCCGUUUAACAACAUAGAGAAGAUAUCGAGUGGCAACAGGGAUUCAAGAGACAGACGGUUGAUAUUGUGGUACUUUGAGCAUCACCUUAAACUGCAGGUGGCAGAGUUUGUGCAAGCGUUAGAAGCACUGAGUCAUGAUUCUCUGACAGCAACAAAGUCCCGAGCGCUGGCAGUCUCCCACGAGCUUCUCUGUAACAAGCCUGAGCAGGAGAAAGUUCUGCUUGUUCAGCUGGUAAAUAAACUGGGAGACCCUCAGAACAAAAUCGCCACCAAAGCCUCUUAUCUGUUGGAGACGUUACUUAACAAGCACCCAAAUAUGAAGGUAGUAGUGUGCAGUGAGGUGGAGAGGCUCUUGUAUCGGUCAAACAUUAACGUGAAAACUCAAUAUUAUGCCAUUUGCUUUCUAAAUCAGAUAGUCCUCAGUCAUGAAGAAAGUGCUUUGGCUAACAAGCUGAUAACUUUGUAUUUCUGCUUUUUUUGGAACUGCAUUAAGAAAAAAGAUGUUGAAUCCAAAAUGCUCAGCGCUCUUCUUUGCGGGGUAAACAGAGCUUACCCUUAUGCUGAGACUGGUGAUGAGAAAGUGAAAGAACAAAUGGACACAUUGUUUAAAGUUCUACAUCUUGUGAACUUCGGUACUGGUGUCCAGGCCCUGAUGUUACUGUUUCAAGUGAUGGACUCUCAGCAGACUGUAUCGGAUAGAUACUAUGCAGCACUAUAUAAGUAAGUGACA